AUGGCGACCGGCCUAGAGGCACUCGGGGCUGCCAGCGCUGUUAUCCAGUUGAUCUCGUUUGCCGGGAGCCUCAUCUCCCUCAGUUUCAAGAUUUACGAUGGAAUGCCUACCCCCGAGAACGAGCUUGAGGAGUACUCGACCAAGAUGAUGGAGGCGGCCCGUCGCGUUCAGUCUCGUGGCACCAAAGUGCCCAAAGGAACCCAGGUUGGCGACAAACUAUCCAAGGUCUCGCAGGAGUGCAUCAAUGCGGCCACAGAGCUGAAGAAAGAGAGUCAAACGCUUACCAAGCGAUGCCAAAAGGGCAAAAUGUUCAAGGCUGUCUAUUCUGCUUUUCGCGCGGAAAGUCAUAAAACCAAGCUCAAUCAAUUGAAUGAGUCCUUAAAGAAGUGCAAGGAAUUAAUGGAAACAGAGCUCUUGUUGAAGAUAUGCGACCAGAAUACUGCGACUGCACAACAACAGAGCCAAGGAUUCCAAAGUCUAGCAACUGAUGUCCAGAACCUCAUUUUCAAGAUUGCGGAAGGCUUUACCAGGGUAGAGCAACUGGUGUCCAUCGAAGCUCAAGUCACACGGGAUGCCAUCAACACCCACGUCACCUCCGAGUUCAAGGCUUUGGGCAUCAAGAACAUUACAGACAACCAACGUCAGCGACUCUUGAAAAGCCUCAAACCCGAGGAAAUCAGAGAGAGAUAUAAUUCUGUUCUACCGUCAUCAGACGCUUGUUUCGAAAGAGUUUUCGCGUCAUAUGAACGUGUUUGUCGCAAAGACCAAGAAUACAAAGCCUGGGAAAUUUACGAGCGAGCAUUUGCUGACGAAAGUGAUAAUGAGAGUGAAAAGGCAAGAUUUGAAGAGGAGGUUGAUGAGAUUGAUCACAUAUGGGAAUGUUUUAGUACCUGGCUGCAGUCAGAUGACAUAUUAUUUUGGAUCCGAGGAAAGCCAGGAUCAGGGAAAAGCACGUUGAUCAAAUUCGUUAUCAACAACGACAACACGAAGCGUUUGCUUGGCUCCUGGCAACCAAACACUAGACUUCUGUCGCAUUUCUUCUGGAAGAUCGGAAGUGAGCCUCAAAACAGCAUUAAAGGCCUUUUGUGUUCUUUGCUUCACGACCUCCUAUUAGAAGAUGUCGAUGCCAUCGACAACGUAUUGAGGGAGUUCAAAUUCUCCCAAUCGAAAGACUCUUAUAGAGAAUGGUCAUCCCAAGAAGCGGAGAAAAUCUUCUUGUACCUUUUAGAUACUGGUGCUUAUUCAACAUGCAUUUUUAUCGAUGGCCUCGAUGAGAUAUCUAAUAAAGAUGGAUACCGGGCACUAGUCAGUGUCGUUCAAAGACUCACAUCAUGUCAGCGAGUGAAGGUCUGUGUAUCAAGCCGACCUGAAACAGAGCUAGUCAAAAGGCUUGAAAGAAUUGGAGUACAGAGCUUACGACUAGAUGACCUCACCAAACCUGAGAUGGUCGUCUAUCUACGCAAGGAAUUCGAAAGAUUACCACAAGAUCAGUCCGCCGACUUGGCGCUUGAAGAUUUCAUCUAUACACUUUUAGCCAAAUCACAAGGGGUCUUCCUCUGGCUUGCUCUUGCUACGAGAAGCGUCAUCAAUGGAAUUACGAAUGGCGAUGAUCAAAAAAUCCUUUCCCAAAGGCUACAAGAACUCCCAGAAGAGCUUGAGUCUCUUUAUCAGAAAAUGUGGGAGAGACUCAACGGGAAUGACCGAGUAUACCGCGAGACCGCUGCAAGAUACUUCCGCUUUGUCAUAGCCGACGGCUGGGGAACAACACUGUAUAAUAAGGACGGAUCAUAUGCCUACAUGAGAGAGCCCAAUCUGAUCCAACUAUCACUGGCGAUAAAUGUCGAAGACAGUUUCAUCUUUCCACCCAAAGCUGAUGCGAAAAAGCUCUUUGAGCUGACUGCUCUGUGUGCCGCGACAGAAAGCGAUGUCCAGACCCGAUGCGCUGGUAUGCUACAAGUUGCUCGACACUCUGCUCUUGAUGAAAAACUAGCGGAAUUCCCCGACGCGAUGUAUCCACUUACACGACAAGUCCAGUUCAUUCACCGCACAGCUCACGACUUCCUGAUUGAUACAGAAGCUGGUCAAUCCAUUGUGAAUUACAAGUCAAAUGAGACAACUUCGGUGGAUACAGAACUCAAACUGCUUAAAUGCCAGCUCAGUCUGAUAAACACGUGGUACCAUGAGCUUGGGGUCGCGUCUUUUGUAUCUGAUGCUCUUCGUGACUGCAAUCGACUGAAUAACAAGGGAGCGAAUCCAAAUACCAUAUUGGAGGCACUAAAUAUAAUCAAGGACCUAUAUGAAAACGGUGCUCUGAUCAAUCCCCAAUCGUGGGCGCCUACUCGAUCCUUUCCUUGUGUCGCAGCGUUUUCUCUUGACAGCUUCGAAGAUUUUGUCAUUUCUUCUUUUGUUCCGACUCCCUCACCAGAGCUUGCUACGAACAGCCUUCACGAGCUGGCACUUGCAAGUCGACACAUGGGUAUGUCCGAACUAUCAGUCAAGAUAUGCCGAGGGAUGGUUGGACUUGGCGCAGACGCACAUGUCGCCAAAAGGUCCGAUCUGUGGUUUCAGCUGCCAGAGCACAAAACACCCAUAACAAAACAUACUACAGCCUUUGAGACGCUUAUUUGUACCGCAAUUCAGUCGGAUAGUAGCAGCACGGGGUUGUUUCUUGACGUGAUCGAAAUUCUGGUACAGACCUGCCCGGACUUGCACAAAAGGUUCAUAUUAUUCAUUGACCGGUUCGGAGUUUUGCUCUGUCAUAUAUUUAAUCCAAGUAAAGCAUGGCUCAUGCUGGAGGUCGAUCUGCAGUUUCUCAUCACCAAGCUCCUGACUGUAGCCGACCGGAAGAACAUCCGAAAUGAGUCUAAUAAUAGGAUGCACGAACUUGCAGCCUCUUUCAUCAAGCCUCAUGCACGUGUUAGAUAUAUUGCAGGCCGUGGAGGAGAACCUGGCUAUCAAAGUGUCUGGGCUCAUUGCUAUCGAGUUCUCGACCAAGAACCAUUCCUGGACAUUAUUGACAGCUUUUGGUAUGGCGAGAAAUCCCUUGAAGUGGUUGCAAGAUUUGAACACGAUGUGGACGCCAUAAAUAUCCGUAACGAUGGCUCUACCCUUUCAAAUCGUAGCUUUCCAUUGAAGAGCUUAGAAAAGGUGUCCAUCGGGGAACAGAUGGAUAUGCUAAUACAAGAGGGUGUAGGGCUAUACAGAGAGGAGAAGGUCAGCAUUGGUUGA